AUGCAUCGUCCAAACCAGAAUUACCAAGGUCAGCCCCCGGCUGGCUACGAGGGUGGUCCUCCUCCGCCGCAGCCGGGCCAGCCUGACUCGGGAUAUCAGCAAGCGCCGUACCAGCAGCCCCCCGUGGGCUCGCCUGCCCCGGGUCAGCCGCCAUAUCAGCAGCCGCCCUACCCUAACUACGGCCCUGCGCAAGGCCAGCAGCAAGCUGUACAGUAUCAGAGCCAGCCAUACCCGGCUGGCCCCCCUCAAGCAUCGCAAGGCCAGUACCCUCAGUACCCUCCACAAGGUCAGCCGGGGCAGUAUCAGAACUCGUCCUACCCGCCUCAGCAGCAACAUCAGGGACAGUACCAAAGCCAGCAUUACCCCCCUCAGCAACCUCAGCAGCCUCAGCAACCUCCCCAAGGCCAGUAUGGACAGCCGCCUGCUCAAUACGGUCAAGCACCCCCGGGCCAAUAUCCUCCUCAACCGUACGGAGCUCCUCCCGGCGGACAGCAAUGGCAGCAACAGUCCCAACAGCCUAUGCAGCCGUACGGCUACGGCGUACCUCCGACACCCGCAUCACCAGGCUAUGACCCGGCGCAGAAGGCCUGGUCUGCGCCCCUUGACACGUCCGCAGACGUGGAGGCCAUUCGCAAAGCCAUGAAGGGUAUGGGUUGCGACGAAGCAGCCCUGAUACGAGUUUUCACUGCGCCCAAAUACGCCAACCCUUGGGCAAUGAAGCAGCUUGUGGAAGACUAUGACCGGCGCUUCAUCCGCGAUCUGGCCAAGGACGUCGAGAGCGAGACGCACGGAGACUUCGAGACAGCCUUGCUGGCUUUGAUGCGCGGCCCACUCGAGCACGAUGCCAGGGUUCUCGUGAAAGCGCUCAAGCAAGCAGGUACCGAUGAAGACGCACUGAACGACGUGCUUCUGUGUCGCUCCAACGCAGAUAUCCGCGCCAUCACCGCCGAAUACAAGCGGAUCAGCGGCCGUGAACUCCUCCUUGACAUCAAGGACGACGUCGACGACACCCUGUUCCGCCUCUACAGCAUGGCACUGUCGGCGACGCGCACCGAGGACGCGGCGCCUCUAGUUGCGCUCGAGAUCGACCAGAAAGUGAUGGAGCUGCAGCGUGCAACUGAGGGCAUGCUCGGUGCACACGCCAUCUCAGUAGCGCAAAUCUUCACAAGUUCCAACAACGCCCAGAUCCACGCGCUAUCAGAGGCUUACCAGCGCAAGUAUCACCGCUCGCUGCAGGAAGUCAUCGAGAAAGAGUUCAGGGGUGACAUGGAAGACGCGUUGUUGAUGAUGUUGACCACCGCGAUGGAUCGGGCUCGGGCCGACGCUGAUCGCCUCGAGAGACCGUUGUACAAGACGCCCCGGAAAGAUACCCUCUUCAUCAACCGUGUGCUCAGUCUCUACUGGGACCCUGUUCGAUACGAGGCCGCCAAAGCCUCCUACAAAUUGCAUGGACAGUUCAGAACGACCUUGCGAGCCUCGGUCAAGGCGCUUUUGAGCGGAGACUAUGAGGCUUUGGUCCUCGCUCUAUUGCGAGAGAAAAGAUAG